UGAAAUUCUAUCAAUUAAACUGAAAUGUGAUAUUAUAAUUAAUUACAAAGCAUAGCAUUGCGAGUUAUUAAAUUAAUUCAUUUUUAAAUCACAACUUGAUCAAUACAUUAUUUGAUCAAGAAGUUACUUUUAAUUUUAACUAAUCCAAUGUAUCUCAAAAAUUCACAUUUUUGGAUUUAGGGCAUUAAUUAUACUAUUGGAAAAAUGGCCAGAGGUAAAAAAAGAGGUGGUACAUCAAAAUCCACCAGAGGUAGACCACCAACUAGACGAAGUAAAAAAGUAGAUGAAGUGUCUCCUGAAGAGGGAGAAAACAAUGAUACUCAAGAUUCACAACCUAUUGAUACCUCUGCACCAUUAGAUGAUCCUUCGUUUGAUAAUAAAAAUUCUGUUGUUGUACUUAAAAGGUUACAUAAAAAAUUUGAUAGAUUUCGAUAUGUUUCAAAUGAGGGGCAAAGAUUGAUGAAUGAGAGAAGGAAUUCUAUUGAAAUUAGUGAAGAUCUUUCCUCAAAUCCAACCAUUGAAUAUAACAUUACAUCUGAACAAAUUCACAUAGAAAAUCCUGAAGCCGAUUCUACUGAAAGUAAUCUUGUGAGCUGCAAUGACAAUAAAAAUAUUAUUUCAAAUAAAGAAAUUGCCAAGAAUAAACUAAUAGUAAAUGAAAGUAUUAAAAAUAAUGUUUUAGGUGAGGACACAAAUACAUUAGCUAACAAAAUGACUGACAAAAAUAUUAUAGUUGAUGAAAUUAUUGAACAAACUAUUGUAUCAAAUGAAAUUUCUAGAAAUAGUGAUGUCUCUGAAGAAAUUGUAGAAAAUAUUAUAUAUAAUGAAAUUAGUGAACAGUGUGAUGAUGGAAAUGAAUCAGACUCUCUAGGUUAUCAAGUCGUAGAAGAAGUUCUUGUCACAAAUAAAAAUCCUCUCUGCCAUAAAAAUACUGAAAAAAUGACUUUGUCCGAAAAUGUUUAUGCAAAAUAUAUAUUAUCUAAUGAAUUUAGAUCACGUUCUAGAUCAAGUGACGAUGAUUCAAACAGUGUAGAUAAUGCCUUAUUAAAUGGUGAAGAGGUAAACAUAGGCAGUCUCGAGGAAAUUGUUGAUAUUCAAGAAGAAACUACCGUAGUUUUUGAAAUAAUUGAAGAUUGUGAUGAAGAUAGCCUUACUAGUUCAGAUGUAUUUGAGGAGAACAACACAGAAAUUAUGACAGUGGAAGAAUUAAGUUGCCAAGAUCACCCAGAGGUGGUCAGCUAUGAAGUUGAAAUUGAAGAAACUAUUAUAGCUACCGUAGAGGAGAAAAUGGUAGUUGAUAGUUCAAUUUUUGAACAGCACGAGUGUAAUUUACAUUCAGAAUUAGAAAAGGAGGAUAUAGAUUAUUCAGAUAAUUCUUCCAGUGACAUAGACGAAUCUUCAUCUGGUGUUUGCUUUGAUAUUGUUAAACAUUCUUGUCAAUCUAUUGAUGAACAGCAUCGUAAGACAACAGAUUCCAUAAAAUCUAUUAAUGACAAGGUAGACAGCAAGUUAUUGAAUUGCUGGAAAGUGAAAUUAAAUUUAAAUGAUGAUGAUGAAAAGGAAAGCUUUGAUGAAAGUAUUGAUGACGGUGUUGACAUGAAUGAAAGUUUUGGCGAAAAUAUUGACAAUGAAAAUGAGGAAAAUUUGGACACAAGUUUAAAUGAAGCUGAUAACUCAGACAUAGCAUUGAAUGACGAUCUUGUAAAAACCAAGGGAGCAAGUUAUGAAUUGGUAGAUUCUAAUCGUGGAUAUGGAGAAAUUAAAAAAAAAAUUCUACUUCAUCGAACUCAUCAUGCGAAUCUAGUGAAAAAAUGACAACCGUCAAUUAUUUCAUCAGUAUCAUCUAGUGAUCUAAGUACGGAAACAACUGAAAAUAAUUUUUCAGCAUCUACUGAAAUAAAGGUUAAAAUAGUUGAACCAAGUAUUUCAAUUGAUUUAAGUGAUUUGAAUUUAAAAAUUUCUGAAACGAGUAUUUCAUGUGCAUCGAACGAAACAAAUCUGAAACCAUCAGAAGUUGCUCUAAGUGAUGAACAACAAUCAUUAGAAAUUAUGGAUAAUACAAGUGAAGAAGUUUCACCAUUAAUAAGAAGAUCAAAUCGCAUCAAGACCAUCAGUGUUCUAAAGAAAAAAUCAAAAGGGCAUGGAUUAGUGAGAAAUGAUAGAUUUAAAAGAUUAGAUCAGACAUCAGAAAAAGAUAAAGACAAAGAUAUAUCUGAUUCCACUGAAAACCAAAAUGAUGCACUUUCCAUCAAACCUUUGUCUAAAGAGCUUACAUCGUCUGAUAAUUCUGAUUCAUCUGACUUAAAACCUGUUAAAGUAAAAUCUCGCUGGCGAAGGACCAGUGAACUAGAAAUGGCAACUCCAUCCCAAAGUAGUAACUCCGAUGAUUCCAACAAAAACAGUCAGCAAUCUAGCUCAGAAAAUAAAUCUAAAACACCAGAAGAACUCCAAUUUGAAAAAGAUAUGGAAGAGCGGCUAAGGCAAUUCGUUCAGUUGCAGGAGAACGAAUACCAUUGCGAAAAAACAGUAUGCAGAGAAGCGAAAAAAAUGUUGUGCGACUGCUUUUUGACACCUGAAGAAAUCGCCCGCGGUGAAAUGGGAUGCGGAGAAGAUUGCCUUAACCGUUUACUAAUGAUUGAAUGUGGUCCAAAUUGUGUUGUCGGUGAUAGAUGUACAAAUAAGAGGUUUCAGGAAAGUCAAUAUGCUAAUUGCAAAGUGUUUAAAACUGAGAAGAAGGGAUUUGGCAUACAAGCAACAAUGGACAUGACGCCUGGGGACUUUAUCAUGGAAUACGUUGGUGAAGUUCUUAAUACCGAACAGUUUGAAAAGCGGGCUGAGGAAUACUCAAAUGACAGAAAUAGGCAUUAUUAUUUUAUGGCAUUGAAAUCUGACGCUAUCAUUGAUGCUACAAAUAAAGGAAAUAUAUCGAGGUUUAUUAAUCACUCAUGUGACCCGAAUGCAGAAACCCAGAAAUGGACUGUUAAUGGCGAGCUUCGAAUUGGGUUUUUUAGCAAGCGAAACAUUAAGAGGGGAGAUGAAAUCACUUUCGAUUAUCAGUUUCAGAGAUAUGGAAAAGAAGCCCAAAAAUGUUUCUGCGAAGCUUCAAACUGCAGAGGAUGGAUUGGUGAAGAACCGGAAUCUGAUGAAUCUGAUGAGGUUUCUGAAUCAGAAUCAGAAAGUGAAGAAGAACCAGCAACUUGCGACAGCCCAAAAGCAAGUGAAAUGCAAGAAGAAGAAAAUGACAAAGUAGAAACUGAUAAAGAUGAGAAAGCAGUUAAACCAAAACCUAAGAAAUCAACUAAGCAAUUAACAGAUUCUGAAGAUGAAUGGAUUCAAACUCAGGAACCAGAGGAUAUUGAAAAAAUAAAGGCAUCAGAUAAAUCUCCAAAAAUCAAAAAGAGAACACUGGGCAGGUGGGCGGGCAGGAAAAAUAAAAAAUCUAUGGUGCAUAGGAAAGACAUAUUUGAAGAUCUUGAUCUUGACGAGGAAAUACAAAUGCUUUCAAGAACUGGCCUGAAAAACCAAGCUCAUACUUUAACAUUAUCGCGGCUGAUGGUUCGAGCUAAAGAAACUCAGCAUCGCAUCAAUCUUUUAUCAGUAAUUCAAGGCGGAGAAGUACCUUGCAGACGUUUGUUUCUUGAUUAUCAUGGGUUGAGAUUGAUAUACAGUUGGAUGUGUGAUUCUACUACUAAUAAUAAAUCUUCAGUAUUAAAUGACAAACUAGAAAUUUUGAAUACUCUGAUGACUUUACCUAUUCCCAAUAAAACAAUGCUUCAAGAUUCUAAAGUGCUUACCACUGUCGAAAAAUGGAGUCAAAAGUUGGAUGACUCAGAAAAAUCUCCUAACUCAUCACCUUCCGAUGAUAGUGAUGCAUCUAGAACGCCGAUUUUAGUUGAUGAGGCAACAGGUUUAAUUAUUGAUUCUGUAAAACAAGAAUUAGAUUCUGCAAAACUUGAAUCUAAGUCAUUAAAUGAGAAAGACAAAAUUGGAAGCAUUUCCAAAACUUCCCCGAAAUUAGAGAAUGAUGAAUCUUCUCUAGAUAACUCGACAGAUGUUAAACCAAAAAUUGAACAAAUAGACCAUGAUAAUAAAGAGCUUUCAAAUGAAGAGAAAUUUGAUGAAGAUGCCAUUUACUUUACUGAAUUAAGAAAGAAAUUAGUUGAAGUUGCGUUACAACUUUUACUGAACUGGAAAUCACUUAAAGAGGUUUUCAGGAUACCGAAAAGAGAGCGAAUUGAGCAGAUGAAAGAACAUGAACGUGAAGCAAAUCGUGGGUACACUGACCCGAAUUCUGAACGUAAAGAUAUUAAAAAAUAUAGAUUUAAGUCUUCAGGCAAAGAAAAUACUAUUAGUACUUUGGGUGCUUCAGGAGGUCCUACACAAUUGAGAUCAGUGGUAAAAAAAUUAGACAGGAACAACAGUUCACUUUCGAAAUUUCAAAGAAGGCAACUAUUUGCUGAAAGAGUGGCUGCAGAAGAAACCGAGAAGCGUCUCCGAGCUGGUCGUGAACUUUGGAGGGCUCACAGCAACCAUUGUUCUUUAAUGGGUUUUGAUCCUUUAACUACUCCUGCACCAGAUCCUAGUACAGGCCUUCCCAUGUAUUAUGAUCCUGUUAAAGAAGAAUGGAACACUCGACAAUUGGAUGCCAGCAUAGGAAUGCAUAUAAGUCAAAUGAUGCCGCCACAACCUAAUGUGAUGAUGCCGCCACAACCUAAUGUAAUGAUGUAUCCCAAUCAGCCAGCUUACUUCCCACAUCCUGGUAUGAUGAUGCCAGAUCAAUUUGGUCAACAACAAAUUAUGAUGCCUUUCCCAAAUUUUCAAAACAAUGUGGUUCAAACACUACCCGCUCCAGAGCAACAGCCAGUUAUGACACCUACACAGCAGAUCCAAAUGAUGCCUCCCGGAAACGGUCCGCCAGUUAUGAUUCCCCCAGGUCCACAUAUGAUGACUAACAACCAAACACAUUUGUUAGCUCCAGGUCCUGUUGUUCCCGGUCAGCAGCAUAUUAUGAUGCCUGGUCAGCAGCAUGGAUUCCUGGUGGUCGUAAUAACAAGUGCGCAACAGAUGAUGCCGCCCUUCCAACAAUCAAAUAUUUCCAUGACACCUGAACAGCAACAGAUGAUGACAUUUAUGAUGGCAUCAGGGCAAAAUGUUAUACCACAGCCAAAUAUAACAGCUCAAGAAGAAUUUGUGGACGAAUCCGUUAUAAAAAAUUCAAACAUAGAUAAAGAGAAAUCACAUCGUAAGAAGAAUAAGAAGAAGGAUAAAAAGAAGAAAGAUAAAGAGUCCGUUGUCUCAGAAAAGGAUACAGAGAAAAUAAACAUUGGUGCAGCAAAUCCUUACAAAAUUCCUCCCCCUGAAGAUUUACCUCCUGGUUGGUUAUCUGCGAUUGAUCAGAAUGGUAGAAUUUAUUAUUAUCAUAGCAAGAAACGUGUUUCACAGUGGCUGCCACCGGACAUGUGCAAAAAUAUUUUCGGUCGUUUUAAUCAAUUUGAAGAUUCGGACACUUCGGAUGAUGAUGAAUUGAAGACCGAAUCUAAACUUAUUAAAAAUAUUAUCCAUAAUAACAAGAUAAUUAAUUCAGACAAUUCUGAUGAUUCUGACAGUGACAAUCUUGAAGAUACUCUAUUGAUGAGACAAGUUCAUGGAAAUAUUUUAUCUAAUCAGAGUCCUAGUGCUUUAACUCUAAAAGGUCUUGAUUCAAUAAGGAAGGCUCGGCAUGAGCAAUUGGAUAAGAGCAGAGUGGUAGUAAUGAAAGCUGAAGCUGAAUCGACAACGCCUAGCGACGACCAACAUUCUAUUUACGAAAUGACUAUUCCUUUGAACAUUACAAAACCGACUCUGAAUAGUCCAGUCUACAAACCGAAACGUGUGCGAGAGCUGCAACCAGGUUCAGCUGCUUUUGACUCAUUGUCAUCUCCUGUGGUCAAUUCGGAUAGUAGUCAAGUGGGUGAUGUGACUCCUCAGCCUGAUGAUACCAUGCUGAAGGAUAAAAAAAGAAUAAAGCGUAACGGAUUAGUUACAGAAAUAUUGAUAAGCCCUCGCAGUGAACAUGAUCGCAUGCAUCAGAAAAUGGAGAUAAAACGCUACAAGGAGAAUAAAGAAAAACUGAAAAUGAAAAAGUAUUUGAAAAUGCAGCGUGAAAUCAUGAAAGUUAAAGGUAUGGAGUCUAGGCAUUCAAAACCACAAGUAGUUUUACCAGUUUCAAAUCCAUCUGAGGAAAGUAGUCUUCCGAUGAUGAUACCGCAAGCCCUGCCUGAAGAAAACUUAGAAAAACAGCAAAUUUUAGCAAUUAAGCGAAAAUCUUCAUCACAUGAGCAGAAUGUCCUUCAUCACCAUCAGAAACGAUUGAAAGCUAUUGAAGAAAAUAAAAAUCAAACACUUGAAAAAAGCAAGGAAGAUAUUCCGUUUUUGUUUACUUUAAGUGAAAAUUCCAAAGAAGGCCUUAGAAUCAAGGAACAGUUCCGUGUUGAUGUUGCCAAAGUUAUUGUCAGCCAGUUGAAUCAUUUUAGAAAACCUGAUUGUUUGAUUGGUCGAAUUACCAAUACCAAAGAUUUCAAACAUUUAGCCAAAAAGUUAACACACUUUGUUAUGGUAAAGGAACUAAAACACUGCAAAUCUGUAGAGGAAUUGACUUUCAACGAGUCUGUUAAAGUCAAAGCCAAAGAAUUUGUCAAGAAAUAUAUGGUAAAGUAUGGUGAUGUGUAUGUGAGGCCCCCGCAAGAAGCUGUUGACUGAGUUGAAUAAUGUGUUCAUGACUUAUUAUUAUUGAUAGGUUUUGUAUAUUAUAUGUGUAUGUAUUGUUAAUUGAAUUGUAUUAUAUUAUCAAAGUAUGAUUAUUAUG